GAAACGGCUUGCUGCUGGUAGAUGGAGCAUCGGCUUCGAUGGUGAGAUGCCAGGUCAAGAGCAACCGCCAAGGUGGUGUUUUCCUCGCAGACAAUGCCUCCUUGCUGGCCGAAUCGUCUGACAUCAGUCGUAACGGGCACUUUGGCGUGGUUGCAGGCAGCAGGCUUCUCGUUUCUAUCAUCAUCGAGCAGCUGUUGCGGCAAAUGGAGGUGGAGGACAUCGUAAACAUUCAUGCAGACAGUGACGACUAUGUCACCGAAGUGGUGGACGUCACGGGUGGCAGUGAUGAGGAGGACUUGGUGGAGGUGAAAGCGGGCGAGCCUCCCCGAUAUUUUCAUGGUUACAGAAGGGGUCGCGAACUUGGCAGAGGCGCCUCUGGCCAAGUUUUUGUGUGCCACAAGAAGGGUACAGAAGGAGGCUUUGCCGCGGGCUUUGCCGUCAAAGCAGUGGACCUGCGAAGGCUUCAUCUCCAGCCUAAUGCAGAGCGCGAGGAGAAGAAGCUGAGCCGAGAAGUUGAGAUUCUGAAGCGUCUUCCACCGCACCCAAACAUUGUUCAGCUGGUGGAUACCUUCGAAGAAGGUGAGUGGUUUCUCUUGGUCCUAGAGCUGGUCGGUGGUGGGGACUUGUACACUGUUCUGACGAACAGGGAGCCACCCAGACUGCACGAGCGUGAGGCUGCUUUUGUCUUGGCGCAGCUGGCAGGUGGGCUUGCAUUCUUGCAUGGACAGGGUGUCAUCCACCGGGACAUGAAGCUCGAGAACGUUCUAGUGCAUGGGGAGCGCCGUGAACGUCCGCUGAUUCUCUACACUGUGAAGAUUACAGACUUUGGCCUUUCCAAGGCAAUAGGAGCUGGCUUCAGCGAAGCUCGAUCCACGGUUGGCACACGGCCGUACACAGCUCCUGAGGUUCUCAGGGAGGAUUCGCACGACUUCAGUUCCGACCUUUGGUGCUUGGGUGUACUGCUUUUUGUCCUGCUAGCGGGGCAUUUCCCCUUUUCAAAGAUUCCUUUUAAGCAAGAAGAAUUACAGAUGAUAGUUGGCAAGCUGAAGAUCAGUGACACCUCAAAGUCCGUGGUGCUUGGACUUCUGCAGCUGGAGCCACGUCAGCGAACGGACCUGGCAACUUUGAGUCGCCACGAAUGGCUAUGUUACGAAGUGGAGUCUCCGGAUGAAGCCGAGAAGUCGGACAAACCCAAGCGGACUCGAUCUGUAAGCGCCUCACCCUCCAUGCGGCCGAUUGCACCCCAGCCGUCUCUCACAGGACAGGUCGGCCAGGUGGCGAGCGUGCCCGCCAAGAAACCCACGGAGUCACCUGCAGAGACAGUUCCCAAUGAAUCGAGCGUGGGCCACACAGCGAAGGCUGAACCUGGAGCUGUUGUGCCAGAGCCACCACCGCCCACAGAGCAGGGUCCGGUGAGUCCAGUCAUAGUUCCUCCGCGCGUUGAUGUGCCACAGAACCUCCAGAUUGUCCCAAAGCGAUCCAUCUCGAUGAUAACGACAGGCGAAGUCUCACCACCGAGCUCUGACCCAGCAGUGAUGCAGCUGCAUUUGGUGGUGCCUGACCGGCUUGCGGGCACGAUUAUGGGCAAGAGCGGCCCGCAGCUGAAGCAGAUCUCCUCGACCCUCGGGUGUCAGGUACGUAUGAUUUCCCGGAAGACGGUGGGACAGCACCGCAUCAUUGGACAUCACCGCAUCGUGAUAUUCGGCACCUAUAACCAGUGUGUAAUUGUGCAAGAGUUGGUGCACGGGCGUUUGAUGGACGCACUGCGCGCAGAGGGCAAAGAGCCCACAACGGAGACUGCUGUUGUUCUUUUCGUUCGCGCAGAAGCUGCAGGAAUGGUCAUUGGUAAGCAGGGCUGGGUACUCAAGCAAAUCCGCAAGCAAUCCAAUGCAAAGAUCCAGCUGCUGCGAGAGGAAGUCCGAGGCCAACGUCCCUGCAUUAUUGAGGGCGAGCUGCAAAGCAUCAUCCGCGCCGAGAAGCAUGUCUUUGACUUGGUAGCUGCAGUUCAGGUGGUACCUCCCAAUGCCCCCGCACCAACCAUGGAAACGGGUCAAAGUCCGCGCUGGACUACCUCUGGCCCAUACUUGCCACGAACUCGCAUCAGUGCAGAACCUCUUACUGGCAAAGUGGUGUUCUGGAAGGGUCAGGUGGGCUGGAUAGAGCCCGAGCAUGCAGUCAAUCAUCCAAAGGCGUAUGCCCACAAAGGGCAGCUUUAUGUACAUUCACAAGAUGUGUUGAACGGGGAAGCGCUGUCCUCGGGCACACAAGUGCGGUUCCACCUCUAUGAGGAUAGAGCAGGUCUAGGGGCCGAGCAAUGCUAUGCUUUCUGA